CAAUGAUUUGUCAAAAAACCACAAAUGUUAGGAGGAAGAGCCGAAAAAUAUGAAGCAAAAAUCUGAACAGUUGAGAGGUAUGCCAGGGAGCUGAAAAUGUAGUAGCUAGAAAGUCUCCUCCCCCAAAACAAUAAACUUAGUUUCACUUUUUCCAAACUGCUCCAUUCUGAUUUCACUUACUCAACUCUGAACUACAAGUUUCAUGUAUCAUAUCUGCUUCUUGGAGCACUACAGUUCUACAUACAAAAGGUAGCUCAAUCAUUGCACAAAAAUGACAGUAACAAAUCCACUGAAAGCCCAUCAGAAUGAUGAAGCUCGCAGAAAGUGGAGAAAUCCAUUUCUGAGCAUUAAGUUCUUUGUUAUCUGCCAUGGAUUUCUACAGCUUUCACAACUGCUUGUGUCUGGGUAUCUCAAAAGCUCUAUUUCAACCAUCGAGAGACGAUUUGGUUUGUCAAGCCAGACAUCAGGAAUGCUUUCUUCUACUAAUGAGAUUGGAAAUACAGCACUGAUUGUCUUUGUCAGUUUCUUUGGCAGUCGUGUACACAGGCCUCGAAUUAUUGGCAUUGGAGCAAUCCUUGUUAGCAUUGCUGGACUCCUCAUGGCACUACCUCACUUCAUCAUGGGAAAAUACACAUACGACGAAUCUAUUGCAAAUGUUUCUGAUAUUUGUCAAUACUCUGGAGAAAAUGACGACUUUCAUUGCAAUAAAAACAAGGGCAAUGGAGACAUGAGGGUCCUGUCCAUAAUGUUCAUUGGUCAGUUCCUCCUGGGUAUUGGAGGUGUGCCAAUUCAACCCUUUGGAAUAUCAUACAUUGAUGAUUUUGCCAGUGAAACAAAUUCUCCCAUGUACUUAGGAAUUAUGUUUGCUAUAACUGUUCUUGGUCCAGGAAUGGCUUUCAUGUUGGGAUCCGUUAUGUUGAAUUUCUAUGUUGACAUUGAUAAAAUAAAUCCAGAUGAGAUCAGGUUAACAUCAAAAGAUCCCCGAUGGGUGGGUGCCUGGUGGCUUGGGUUUCUAAUGGCAGCCAGCUUAGUCGCCAUUGCUUCUAUUCCAUAUUUCUUCUUCCCAAAAGAAAUGCCUAAAGAGGUGGCAAAGAAAAGUGAAGGAAAUACCAAAGUUAAGAAAAACUUAAUGAGAGAAAUCAGAUGCAAAUCUGAUACCAUGAGCAACAUGACCUUGCUAGAGUUCAUCAAAAGUUUUCCGUUCAUACUGUUUCGGACACUGAAGAAUCCUAUUUACCUUCUUGUGGUCUUGGCUCAGGUUAACCUUUCAGCAAUGAUUGCAGGAUUAGCUGUUUUUAUGGCAAAGUUCCUAGAAAGGCAAUUUACUGUAACAGCAUCACAUGCCAACCUUAUGAUAGGUGGUGGAAACAUUGGUUUGGCUAUGGUUGGUAUUGUCGUAGGAGGAAUUAUAAUGAAGAAACUCCGGCUGACACUAAAGCAAUCUGCUGCCAUGUGCACUGUUGGUCUGUUGCUUUGUGUGUGCCUAGCCUCUCCACUUCUGUUAAUGGGCUGUUCAACACAAAAAGUUGCUGGAGUUAACUACAAAUACCAUAACAGUUCAAACAUAGACAUUAAUUCAACAUGUCACAAUCAUUGCAAUUGCAUAAAAGGGGCAUUCAAUCCAAUCUGUGGUUCAGAUGGAGUAGAAUAUAUUUCUCCAUGCUAUGCUGGCUGCUCAGAAUUGGUGGUAAAUCAGUUGGAGAAAAAAGUUUCAAACUACGUGAACUGCAGCUGCAUUGUUUCUGAUAAUUCUAAACCAGAUGCUCAGCCUGGAACUUGUGGGAGUGGAUGUUCUCAUCUUCUUUAUCCUUUUGUUGGGCUGUCAGCUUUGGCUGGAUUUGUUGCCAGCCUUUCCCAGACACCGUCUUUCAUGCUCAUUCUAAGGACUGUGCAGCCUGAGGAUAAAAGUUUUGCUAUAGGCAUACAACACAUGCUUUUCAGAGUUCUAGCAUGGAUGCCUGGCCCUGUAUUGUAUGGUAGCACUAUCGAUACUACCUGUAUCCACUGGGGAAUGAAGUGUGGCAAGAGGACCGAAUGCAAGUAUUAUGACAACAACCUCUUCAGAAGCAGGUUCCUGGGACUUCAGUUGUUAUUUGAUGUUGGUGCACUUCUUUGUUUUCUAACCGCUUAUGUAAUUAUCAAGCGCCAAAUGUCACGCAGGAACAAGUACGAUGUGGCAGAGGAGGAUAAAACAGAAAACAUCUCAGAAAAAGGUGCCCUUGUUGUUAGCCCCUCGCCAGUGCAAUGUCAUCUGGAAUCAAAUGUUUAAAAUACAAAGAAACUGGAACUAUCUUAAAAUAUGAAGACAGAAAUACUGUCCUUGUGAAAUGGUCACAAAUUUGAAAACCAAAUUAGGCAAAGUGACUACGAUUUUUUCCAAGCAGAAGGUGAUUGGCUGUUUGACAACAACAUUUCAGCAGCAAGGGGACAUAUCACACGAAAUUUAGUGGUGCAUUUGACUUUAUCAUUUUACUUCAAAUAGUUUGUUGUCUUCUGUGGAAAAUACAAUCAUUUACAUAUAAGACAGAGUAACAGGCAGAAGGGCUGGAUACUGUGCCCUAUAAGGUGAUAUUAAACUUUGCUUUUAUAAUGAACAAAUAUUAGUGUCAAUGACAGACACUGAACAAAGUGGUUCACACUUUUUACAGGUUUUGAUCAAACUGAACAUGUGAUCUGUAAACUUUACUAUAAACCAUUUCCUGCUCAGUCUGAGUACCAUUUUCCAGCUGUGCUAUGAAUGAAA